ACAACAGAAAGCAAAAACAGAGCAAGAACUUGAAGUUCAAAAAUCUCGUUCUCUCUCUAAAAAAUGGCGAUUCAGCUGGAGAACCUCGUGGAGUCGAUAAAAUCGAAGGUGCGUUCGCUGAAAAAGUCGAACAAGAAGAAGCCGUACGUAAAGAUGGACAAGAGCGCGAGCGUGAGGGUGGAAAUCCGUAGCAGAAAAGCGAGAAAGCUCAUCGAUAAGACCUUGAAGGUCGCCGAUAAACCUGGCAAGCACAGCAUCUCUUGAUCUUUCUCCGUCGUCUCUAAUUUUGUCAUUUCUAGAUACUCCACGGCUGCUGAUCCUGUGUUCUCUGUUUCAUUGUUAUAUAAAUAGAACCGCUUCGGCUUCGUUUUUAUUAGUAAUGAAUUUUUCAGUGUAAAAUGGUUGAAUCACAAAAUUCUAGUUUCAACUUUCUUGCUCUGUAAAAUUAUGGAAAAAUAAUAAAUACAGAUUUCAGAUAUUUAUAGA